AUGGAACUAACCAAAAUCUUCCUCACCGUAGCCAUGAUGAUCACUUUAGCAACGAAAACCAUCGGCGGCGGCGUUGAAACGAACCCUGCUCUGAUUUCAUCAACCGCACCACCGAAGGCCGGACCACUGAUGCCGAAGAGGGUAAGUCGUUUCCUCCAGCAAGAAGUUAGGAACCCUAGAGCCGCCGACCAUUGCCACAAAGACGAAGAGGUUUGCUACGUUCAAGACGGCUCCACCUCCAUUUGCUGCAACAACAAGUGCGUCUACUUGGCGACGGACGCCCACAACUGCGGCGCGUGCAAGAGGAAGUGCAAGUUCACACAGGUUUGCUGCCGGGAGAGUGCGUCGAGAUUGCUUUGA